UCACGAGCUUUAUACUUGCUCGGUGGCUCAUCCCCAACCAUUCUCGUGUUUCUCUCUAUUUAAUCACUCUCUUCAGCCUUUGCCUCUUCUUGAGCGUACUACUACUAACUCAAGUCACCAUGGCCAUUUCCUCCGAGCCAACAAGCGACUCUCACGUGGCAGUUCUCGCUUUCCCCUUCGGCACUCACGCCGCUCCUCUCCUCUCCGUCACUCGCCGUCUCGCCUCCGCCUCUCCCUCCACCGUCUUUUCCUUCUUCAGCACCGCUCAAUCUAACUCCUCGUUGUUCUCCGAUCGUCCGGCGAACAUUCAAGUCCACGACGUUCCCGACGGUGUUCCGGAAGGAUACGUGUUCGCCGGGAAACCACAGGAGGCGAUCGAGCUGUUCGUAAAAUCGGCGCCGGAGAGUUUCAAGAGAGAGAUCGCCGCGGCGGAGAAGGAGGUUGGUAGGAAAGUGAAUUGCAUGCUGACUGAUGCGUUUUUCUGGUUCGCGGCUGAUAUGGCGACGGAGAUGAAUGCGUCGUGGGUCGCGUUUUGGACCGCCGGAGCUAACUCCCUCACCGCUCAUCUCUACACAGAUCUCAUCAGAGAAACCAUCGGCGUCAAAGAAGUAGGUGGACGUAUGGAGGAGACGUUAGGGUUUAUUUCAGGAAUGGAGAAGAUCAGAGUCAAAGAUACGCAAGAAGGAGUCUUGUUUGGGAACUUAGACUCUGUUUUCUCUAACAUGUUGCACCAAAUGGGUCGUGCUUUGCCUCGUGCCACUGCGGUUUUCAUCAAUUCUUUUGAAGAAUUGGAUCCUACGUUUACGGAUAAACUUAGUUCGGAAUUCAAACGUUACCUGAACAUCGGUCCUCUCGCGUUGUUAUCUUCUACACCGCAAAAGGAGGCAUUAGUGAACGAUCCUCACGGUUGUUUGGCUUGGAUGGAGAAGCGACCCCCUGGUUCUGUAGCGUACAUUAGCUUUGGUACGGUGAUGACACCGCCUCCAGGAGAGCUUGCGGCGAUAGCAGAAGGAUUGGAGUCGAGUAAAGUGCCGUUUGUUUGGUCGCUUAAGAGCAUGGUUCAUUUACCUAAAGGGUUUUUGGAUCGGACGAGAGAGCAAGGGAUCGUUGUUCCAUGGGCUCCACAAGCGGAACUACUGAAACACGAGGCGACGGGUGUGUUUGUGACGCAUUGUGGAUGGAACUCGGUGUUGGAGAGUGUGUCGGGAGGUGUUCCCAUGAUUUGCAGGCCCUUCUUUGGUGAUCAGAGAUUGAACGGGAGAGCAGUGGAGGUUGUGUGGGAGAUUGGAAUGACGAUUACCAAUGGAGUCUUCACAAAAGAUGGGUUUGAGAAGUGUUUGGAUCGUGUUUUGGUUCAAGAUGAUGCUAAGAAGAUGAAACGCAAUGCUAAGAAGCUUAAAGAACUAGCACACGAAGCUGUCUCUUCGAAAGGAAGCUCCUCUAAAAAUUUCAGAGGAUUGUUGGAUGCAGUUGUAAACAUUUAAAUUUAUAUCGAGUUUCGAAAAAUAAAAUUAUCACAGUUACAAUUUCAUGCCAACAAGAUCGUAGUUAAAGAAGUGAAGAAUGUGAAGUUUUCCAUGGUUGUCUUCCUCUUAGAAUAUGUAUUAUGAUAAUCUCAGUGCACUUUAUA